AUGACGGAACAGCCGUACGAUAACUCCAACUACUGCCACCAGUACGUUAAAUUCUCUAACUACUGCCACCAGCACGAUAACUCCAACCACAAUAACUCCAAAUACUGUCACCAGUACGAUAACUCCAACUACUGCCACCAGUACGAUAACUCCAAAUACUGUCACCAGUACGAUAACUCCAACUACUGCCACCAGUACGAUAACUCCAACUACUGUCACCAGUACGAUAACUCCAACUACUGCCUCCAGUACGAUAACUCCAACUACUGGCACCAGUACGAUAACUCAAACUACUGGCACCAGUACGAUAACUCCAACUACUGUCACCACUACGAUAACUCCAACUACAAAAACUCCAACUACUGCCACCAGUCCGCUAACUCCAACUACUGCCACCAGUACGACAACUCCAACUACGAUAACUACAACUACUGCCACCAGUACGAUAACUUCAACUACUGCCACCAGUACGAUAACUCCAACUACUGCCACCAGUACGACAACUCCAACUUAAAUAACUACAAUUACUGCCACCAGUACGAUAACUCCAACUACUGUCACCAGUACGAUAACUCCAACUACGAUAACUCCAACUACUGUCACCAGUACGAUAACUCCAACUACGAUAACUCCAACUACUGUCACCAGUACGAUAACUCCAACUACUGCCACCAGUACGAUAACUCCAACUACUGUCACCACCACCAGUACGAUAACUCCAACUACUGUCACCAGUACGAUAACUCUAACUGCGAUAACUCCAACUACUGCCACCACUACGAUACCUCCAACUACAGCCACCAGUACGAUAACUCCAACUACUGUCACCAGUACGAUAACUCUAACUGCGAUAACUCCAACUACUGUCACCAGUACGAUAACUCCAACUACUGCCACCAGUACGAUAACUCCAACUACUGCCACCAGUACGACAACUCCAACUACGAAAACUCAACUACUGCCACCAGUACGAUAACUCCAACUACGAUAACUCCAACUACUGUCACCAGUACGAUAGCUCCAACUACAGCCACCAGUACGAUAGCUCCAACUACUGUCACCAGUAGGAUAACUCCAACUACUGUCACCAGUACGAUAACUCUAACUGCGAUAACUCCAACUACUGCCACCACUACGAUACCUCCAACUACAGCCACCAGUACGAUAACUCCAACUACUGCCACCAGUACGACAACUCUAACUACGAUAACUCCAACUACGAUAACUCCAACAACUGCCACCAGUACGACAACUCUAACUACGAUAACUCCAACUACGAUAACUGCAACUACUGCCAUCAGUACGAUAACUACAACUUCUGCCACCAAUACGAAAACACCAACAACGACAACUCCAACUUUUGUCACCAGUAGGAUAACUCCAACUACUGUCACCAGUACGAUAACUCUAACUGCGAUAACUCCAACUACUGUCACCAGUACGAUAACUCCAACUACUGCCACCAGAACGACAAGUCCAAGUACUGCCACCAGUACGAAAACUCCAACUACGACAUCUCCAACUUUUGCCACCAGUACGAAAUUUCCAACUUUUGCCACCAGUACGACAACUCCAACUACUGGCACCAGUACGAAAAUUCCAACUAUUGCCACCAGUAGGACAACUUCAACUACUGCCACCAGUACGAAAAUUCCAAUUACUGCCUCCAGUACGAAAACCCGAACUACUGCCAUGAGUACGCUAACUCCAACUAUUGCCCCAAUUACGACAAAUCCAACAACUGUCACCAGUACGACAACUCCAAUUACUGGCACCAGUACGAUAGCUCCAACUACUGCCACCAGUACCAUAACCCCAACUACUGCCACCAGGUCGAUAACUCCAACUACUGGCACCAGAAAGAUAACUCCAAUUACUGUCACCAGUACGAUAACUCCAACUACUGCCACCAGUACGAUAACUCCAACUACUGCCAUCAGUACGAUAACUACAACUUCUGCCACCAAUACGAAAACACCAACAACGACAACUCCAACUUUUGUCACCAGUACGAAAAGUCCAACUACUGCCACCAAUACGAAAACUCCAACUCAAACUACUGCCAUCAGUACGAAAACUCCACCUACGAAAACUCCAACUACUGCCACCAGAACGAAAAAUCUCACUACAGCCACCAGUACAAAAACUCCAAAUCUUGCCACAAGAACGAACACUCCAACAACGACAACUUCAACUACUGCCACCAGUACGAAACCUCCAACUAUUGCCACCAGUACAGAAACUCCAACUACUGCCACAAGUACGAAAACUCAAACUACGACAACUUCAAAUACUGCCACCAGUACGAAAUCUCCAACUUCUGCCACCAGUACUACAAAUUCAACUACUUCCACCAGUACAUUAACUCCAGCUACUGCCACCAGUACGACAACUCCAACUCCUCCCACCAGUACGACAACUCCAACUACUGCCACCAGUACGAUAACUCCAACUACGACAACUCCAAAUACUGCCACCAGUACGAUAACUCCAACUACGACAACUCCAACUACUGCCACCAGUACGAAAACCCCAACUACGACAACUCCAACUACUGCCACCAGUACGAUAACUCCAACAACGACAACUCCAACUACUGCCACCAGUACGAUAACUCCAACUACGACAACUCCAACUACUGCCACCAGUACGAUAACUCCAACUACGACAACUCCAACUACUGCCACCAGUAAAAACCCCAAUACGACAACUCCAACUACUGCCACCAGUACGAUUACUCCAACUACGACAACUCCAACUACUGCCACCAGUACGAAAACCCCAACUACGACAACUCCAACUACUGCCACCAGUACGAUAACUCCAACUACGACAACUCCAAAUACUGCCACCAGUACGAUAACUCCAACUACGACAACUCCAACUACUGCCACCAGUACGAUAACUCCAACUACGACAACUCCAAGUACUGCCACCAGUACGAAAACCCCAACUACGACAACUCCAACUACUGCCACCAGUACGAUAACUCCAACUACGACAACUCCAACUACUGCCACCAGUAUGAAAACCCCAACUACGACAACUCCAAGUACUGCCACCAGUACGAUAACUCCAACUACGACAACUCCAACUACUGCCACCAGUACGAAAACCCCAACUACGACAACUCCAACUACUGCCACCAGUACGAUAACUCCAACUACGACAACUCCAACUCCUCCCACCAGUACGACAACUCCAACUACUGCGUCCAGUGCGAAAACCCCAACUACGACAACUCCAACUACUGCCACCAGUACGAUAACUCCAACUACGACAACUCCAAAUACUGCCACCAGUACGAAAUCUCCAAUUACGACAACUCCAAGUACGGCCACCAGUACGAAAACUCCAUCUACGACAACUCCAACUACUGCCACCAGAACGAAAACUCUAACAACUGCCACCAGUACGAACACUCCAACUACUUCCACCAGUACAAAACCUCCAACUACGACAACUCCAACUAGCACUACUGCCACCAGUACGACAACUCCAACUUCAAAAACUCCAACUUCGACAACUCUUACUACUGUCAGCAGUACGAAAACUCAAACUUCAAAAACUCCAACUACUGCCACCAGUACGACAACUCUAACUACUGCCACCAGUACGACAACUCUAACUACUGCCAGCAGUACAAAAACUCCAACUACGACAACUCCAACUACGAAAACUCCAACUACGACAACUCCAACUACGAAAACUCCAACUACGACAACUCCAACUACUGCCACCAGUACGAAAAUUCCAACUACGAAAAUUCCAACUACUGCCACCAGUACGAUAACUCCAACUACGAAAACUCCAACUACGACAACUCCAACUACUGCGUCCAGUACGAAAACUCCAACUACGAAAACUCCAACUACUGCCACCAGUACGAAAAUUCCAACUACGAAAAUUCCAACUACUGUCACCACUACGACAACUCCAACUACGAAAACUCCAACUACGACAACUCCAACUACUGCCACCAGUACGAAAAUUCCAACUACGACAACUCCAACUACUGCCACCAGUACGAAAAUUCCAACUACUGCGUCCACUACGAAAACUCAAACUACAACAACUCCAACUACGACAACUCCAACUACUGCGUCCAGUACGAAAACUCCAACUACGAAAACUCCAACUACUGCCACCAGUACGAAAAUUCCAACUACGACAACUCCAACUACUGCCACCAUUACGAAAAUUCCAACUACGAAAACUCCAACUACUGCCACCAGUACGAAAAUUCCAACUACGAAAAUUCCAACUACUGCGUCCAGUACGAAAACUCAAACUACGACAACUCCAACUACGACAACUCCAACUACUGCGUCCAGUACGAAAAUUCCAACUACGAAAACUCCAACUACUGCCACCAGUACGAAAAUUCCAACUACGACAACUCCAACUACUGCCACCAGUACGAAAAUUCCAACUACGAAAAUUCCAACUACUGCGUCCAGUACGAAAACUCAAACUACGACAACUCCAACUACGACAACUCCAACUACUGCCACCAGUACGAAAAUUCCAACUACGACAACUCCAACUACUGCCACCAGUACGAAAACUCCAACUACGAAAACUCCAACUACUGCCACCAGUACGAAAAUUCCAACUACGACAACUCCAACUACUGCCACCAGUACGAAAAUUCCAACUACGAAAAUUCCAACUACUGCCACCAGUACGAAAAUUCCAACUACUGCGUCCACUACGAAAAUUCCAACUACGAAAACUCCAACUACGACAACUCCAACUACUGCGUCCAGUACAAAAACUCCAAUUUCGAAACCUCCAACUACUGCCACCAGUACGACAACUCUAACUACUGCCAGCAGUACAAAAACUCCAACUACGACAACUCCAACUACUGUCACCAGUACGACAACUCUAACUUCGACAACUCCAACUACGAAAACUCCAACUACUGUCACCAGUACGACAACUCCAACUACGACAACUCCAACUAAGAAAACUCCAACUACGACAACUCCAACUACUGCCACCAGUACGAAAAUUCCAACUACUGCGUCCAGUACGAAAACUCAAACUACGACAACUCCAACUACUGCCACCAGUACGACACCUCAAACUACUGCCAGCAGUACAAAAACUCCAACUACGAUAACCCAAACUACUGCCACCAGUACGAAAAUUCCAACUACGAAAAUUCCAACUACUGCCACCAGUACGUAA